AUGGCAGGAUCGCUGGCAGCUACAGAUAUCGAUGUUGUCAAGGCAGCAACAACGGCAAUGUCAAAGCAGAGACGCAUUGUUUGUGAGGAUCUGAUGUGGGAUGAACUAAAUCUGAAGGGGACAAUAGAAGACGGCUUGCUUAUAUUGUUCUUCAUUGCGAUAUUGCUACCUAAGAUUUGCGUGAAGACGGUGAAGGAAUCCACGGUGUUUUCGAGGAAGCAUCGAAGUCACGAAUUUGUCGACCCUUGCCGUGUUCGAGGUGGAAAUAUGAUCCACGGUCCUCUGUUUCCCCGCGCCGACCUGUCGCUACUUAGUGGAAGGGCAGAGCCUAAACAUCACGUGAAAAUCCUUAAGAUCGGUGACAUCUCUAAUUCUGUCUAUAGUGAACCUGCAUAUUUCGUGCACAGCGAGAGUGGUCAUCGUACCGACGAAGAUGAACCGGUCAUCUCUGAGGAUGACUAUGCCCCAUCACGUUCUGCAUCUGUUGCACCAUCACGAUCUCAUUCUGUUGCGCCGUCACGCUCUUCAACGGUCAACCUGCGAAACUAACUACUUACGAAUCUAUAUAAGCUGCUAAGAGUACUUGAAUGAUUGCAUCUCUAGGAAUGGUCGCAUUUUGACGAUUACACACAUGAGUAUGGA